GUCAAGAAAAAAUUAAGUUAACAAACUUAAGCAUUAGUUAUUAACAUGAGCAUUUAGGUAUUAGGCAGUAGGUGUAAAUAAUUUAGAUAAAUAUUUUUUGAUUACAGACCACCGGUGUCUGAAGAAAUCGAAAAUCCAGGAAUUAGUGGUGAUAAGACACAAGUACAAUCAAAUCAAGUCAGUCAAAAUUGUGAUGAUAUUAUUAACAGCAGUGAAAACUCUGAAAUGGAUACUUUUGAAUAUUCCAUUGAAGAUUUUGAAGAAUUUCGACAAUUGCUCAAUCUUCUAAACACGUUGCUCAACAUACUGUUCCUCCCAAGUUGGACGUUAGAAGUAGCCCGCAUCUUAUUACAAGGGGCCAGGUAAACGUUUUUGGUAAUAUGGAGAGUAGUCCUGUCGUGAAAUCAAAGAGUACUUUUAUAGUGGAAUCAACACUGCAAUCGCAAGUUCCUCUUGUUGAACCUGAAUUACAGAUUCCUCUACCUGAGAAAUGUAAUGAAGAACCAUUUAUGGCCCAGUCAAGUCCCAUCGUAGACGGAAUCAACACGUUGGAAGAUAAUCAACAGUCGGAUUCCCAGGAAUCAUCAAGUUCCUCAUCCUCUUCCAGCUCGAGCUGUAAUACUUCUUCUUCGGACGGAUCCAGCUCAGAAGAUUCAUUCGACGAUGAUGAUGCUGGCCCCACUUUUAAUAUAAAUACAGAUGGCCAUGCGGAUGAGAGUUCUUCAAGUAAUGAUUCAACCGAACCUGAUGAUAACGCAGCUUUAAACUCAAAGAAAAGGAAAAGAAAUCAGAAUAAAUGGAAAAAGUCUGUGGCCAAAACUCUUCGCAAUUCAGGUCAAGAGCACUGCUCUAUCAAUGGUCGAAAGUUGCAACCAGCUAAAACAAUCCUUAAUGCAUGCGACGUUGAAAAAUGUCGAUUUAAAUAUGCUACUAAACUUUCCGAAGAGGAAAGGAAACUUUUGUUUGAAAAAUUUUGGGCAUUGGGAAAUUUGCACAAGCAGAGGAAUUACGUCUUAGGACACAUGCAGAGUAUACAGCCAUUAUCUCGCCGCUUGGUAUUAAAUCGACUAAAAACCCGCACCCUUAACUACUCAUAUUUAAAAAAAAAAAAUGAUGAACAGAUACUUGUGUGCUUCAAAUUUUUUAGAAACACAUUAGAUAUUUCUGAUAGGUUUGUAAGAACUGUAAAGGCUAAAAAUGACAACGGAUUUCUAGAGGGGGAAAAACGUGGCCUAAAACCAAGUAAUAUGCUUUCACAGGAACUAAAGAAUACCAUAAGAGAGCAUCUGGCUUCCAUUCCAACAGUCGAAAGUCAUUACGUUAGGGCAAAUACACAGAGAAAAUUCAUUGAUGGGGGAAAAAAUCUUUCAGAUUUGUAUAGGGAUUAUGUUGAGAUGUGUAAAACAAAUAACACUUCUUAUGGAAAAUAUUCCAUGUACCGCCAUAUUUUUCUCUUCGAAUUUAACAUGUCUUUUCACUCACCGAAAAAGGACCAGUGCCAAACUUGUGAAACGUUUAAAAACUCAAAUCCUGAAGAGAAAAUAGCUUUAAAUGUCAGUUACAAUGCGCAUAUAAAAGAAAAAGAACUUUCCAGAGAGGAAAAAAAAUAGAUGACACUGAUCAACGAUAAUUAUAAAGUCGCUUGCUUCGACUUGCAGGCCGCUUUACCCACUCCAAAAGGGGACAUUAAUUAUUUCUACUACAAAUCACGUUUAAAUUCAUAUAACUUUACCGUUUGCCAACUGGAACAAAAAGGAUUAGGACCAGUUCAAUGCUACUUCUGGCACGAAGGGGAAGGAAAACGUGGUUCCAACGAAAUUGGCUCAUGCCUUUUAGAUUACUAGCAGCCUCAGAGGUUUUUUUAAAAAAAACUUUUUUAAAAAAGGCUGCUAGUGAUUUUGAAUUUGAUUGACACAAAUUUAUUGUUGUCGGGCAUGGGCAAAAUGAAGGGGAUGCAAGUCAUUCCGUGAUAGAAAAAGCAAUUAAGAAAGCUCUUAAAAAUGGUCCCAUUUACGUACCCGCACAAUAUGCAACCAUUAUUAACAACGCAAAGAAAAAGGGUGUAAGAUUUGUUGUUAAUGAACUGGGACAUGGGGACAGAUUACAGGAGGGCAUUGCAAAUAAAGAAUUUAACCGAGACUCAAAUGGUGAAAAGUUUGACUUGUAAUAUUUCUAUCUAUCUAUUUAAAUGAUAUUUCUAUCAUCCGCUUUGAAAAGAACCACGUAGAUCGUUUCUUUUUUAAAACAUCUUAUAGCGACAUCAACUUUCGCUAUCUGAUUAUUAAUAAUGCUACAAAAACUAGAAAAUCGAUUCAAAAAGACAUAAGGGGAUUUAGUUUAUUGCCCGCAUAUACCCAAAGUAUUCCUAUUAAAAAAAAGAAAUUUGACGAUCUCCAGUCUCUUAUUAAAAAUAAAUCAAUUCCUCGAGCGCAUGCACCCUUUUUCGAAAACCUUCACCACAAAAAUUAAAAUCUGUACUGAAACAGAAGUCUACUUUUUUUGUUAAACAAAACAAAAUGUGUUAUUGAUCUCUGCAACUAUAAGACUGCUUAUUAAAUUUAGUUGUUGUUAGUCAAUAAGCGUUUAUUUUAGGUUUUUUAAAAUUUAAAUGUGUUUACUUGCUUUUGUUUACCACUUAAGCUACUACUGUUAUACCCACUAUUAAUAAGAAAAAAAUGUUGAAAGUGACAAAAAAAGUGAUGUUUUUUGAACUAUAAAGUUUUUUCAUUUUG